AUGGCCAGCGAAGAGUUGAUGAGCUCACAGGAGAAGCGCUUUCUCGAUGAGCUCCUGCAGCACUACAAUCUGCUGGCCACGGAGGCGAAGAAGAAGCACCCUCAUGUGAAGGAGGCCUGCGAGACCGGGCAAAUUCGCGUCCGCAAUGCCAGCUCACCGCGAAUGCUGGCGGCGAUGGGCCUACGCGCCGCCCUCAGCGCCGAGUCGCAGCAAAUUCUCGAGCCGUUCUUCAUGGGCUGCGACACGAAGGCGCCGAAGAUGGUGCAGCUCAGUAUCAACGCCAUGCAGAAGAUGGUCAUCUUCGAGUGCCUGAACUCCGCCGCCGCCGGCAACCUCCUCCUCUGCCUGUGGACGCUGAUGGAGGGCGGUGUGGAGGAGGUGAAGAUCCUGCAGACGGUGACACUGCUGCUCACUACCAAUCGACUGGUGGCGGCGGAGCAGCUCGCCCGCACCAUCUCCCUCUGCUUUCGCCUGCACUACACCAAAAAUCCGACGACGAACAACACCGCCUCUGCCACCAUUCGCCAGCUGGUGACGGUCAUCUUUGAGCGCGUUCAGGCGGAGGAGAAGGCCGAGAAGGAGAAGAGGGAGAAGGAGAAGAGCGCUUCCAUUUCAUCCGCUUCUUCUUCCUCAUCUGUAUCGUCACCGACGGAAGCUUCGGAAGCGGGCUCGACAAACACCACCGCCACCACCACCACCACCAGCAAAUCGCAGGCGGAGCGCCUCUUUGAGCCGGUCACCAGCAGUCAGUGUCGGUACCGGCCGAUGAAGCUGAAGCCCGCCGCCGUUGAUGCCUUCAACUUUCUCCAGGACCUCAUUCAGAUCAUCAACGGCGAGGCGCCCUUUUGGCUGAGCACCGGCGGUAUUGGCGGUGGUAGUGCAGAUCAGCACAGUCUAGUCGAGAUUGCCAAGACCUUUGGCCUGGAACUGCUCGAGCUUAUCAUCGAUCAAUACGCCGAUGUUUUCCAUAAUGUAAAUGCCUAA